GGCGAUUGCCAGCACGAGCCAGGCCCCACGUGGAGCUGGCGCUAGUUCAUUGAUCGGUCUCCCCGCAAAGCGGCUGCCGCGGCGGGCGGGGAGGGGGCGCCCACCCGGCCCGGCCCACGCGGAGCGCAGCCACCGGCGCGGCCCGGUUCGCCUCGCCUCGGCCCGGCUCGGCUCGGCUCGGCUCUGCUCGGCUCUGCUCGGCUCGGCCCGGCUCGGCGCGCCCCGGCCCGGCCCGGCCCUGCCCGGCCCGCCCCGCCGCAGGGGCGCGCGGCCGGGGCCGGGGCCAGCAGCGCGAGCUUCUGGCCGAGCUGCAGCUGGAUCCGCGGCCCCGAUCCUGAGAGCGCGUCCGGCGUCCGGAGCGGCGUAAGGGGUUCCGGGCCCGUCGGGUGCCGAAGAUGUUCCCGCAAAACCGGCCCCCGGCCCAUCUCCAGGCCCCCUCCGCUGCUUCGGGCGCCACGGUGGCCGCCAGCGCCAUCCCUGCCGCCCCGCAGUCCCUGAAGCUGACUUACCCGGAGACCCUGGACCGCAUCAAGGAGGAAUUCCAGUUCCUGCAAAACCAAUACCACAGCUUGAAGUUAGAAUGUGAAAAGCUGGCAACAGAAAAAACAGAAAUCCAGCGUCAUUAUGUCAUGUACUACGAGAUGUCCUACGGCCUGAACAUCGAGAUGCACAAGCAGACGGAGAUCGCCAAGCGGCUCAACGUGAUCUGUGCCCAGCUCAUCCCGUUCCUGUCUCAGGAGCACCAGCAGCAGGUGGUCCAGGCCGUGGAGCGGGCGAAGCAGGUGACUAUGACCGACCUGAACGCGGCGAUUGGGCACCAGCUCCAAACGCAGCACCUCUCCCACCACGCGCCCCCCAUCCCGCUGACCCCCCACCCCUCGGGGCUGCAGCCCCCCGGCCUGGCCGGCCUCGGCGGUGCCUCGGGGCUGCUGGCGCUCUCGGGGGCCCUGGGGGCCCAGGCCCAGCUCCUGGCCAAGGACGACCGGGGCGGCCACGACGCCGAGCACAGAGAGCGGGACCCCGGCCCCAGCUCCCUGGCGCUGCCCAACGGGGAGCGGGCGCGGGCCAUCUCCGAGUACCUGAGCAGCAGCAAGAAGAGGAAGGUGGAGGACAAGGACUUUGCCACGGACUACGGCAGCGAUGCGGACAAAAGCGAGGACAACUUGGUGGUGGAUGAGGACCCCUCGUCCCCGCACAGCGUCCACUCCUACUCGUCCCGGGAGAACGGCGUGGAGAAGGUCCCGCUGGGAAGGAAGGAGGCCGUGCCGCUGAGCCCCACCUCCAUGGCCUCCUCCAGCAGCGCCUCCCCGUCCCGCAGCCGGGAUGCGCCCGCGGUGGAGAAGGCCGGCACCCCCAGCCUGAAGCCCAGCACGCCCACGUCGCAGGAUGCGGCCCCAGGCGCCGGCAGCGGCGCCCCACAGUUCCGCCCUGCGGCCACCGCCGCCAAGGCCCUGGACCCCCUAGCCCUGGGCCUGCGGACCCCCCUGGGCGUGCAGAGCCCCUACUCGGCCGCCUUCGGCAUGGCUCACCCCGCCGUCAACGGGGACGUGGCCGGGAGCGGCGCCUACGCCGGCCUCCACCUCGUGUCCCCCCAGCUCAACGGGGCCGCGGCCGCGGUGGGCGCCGGGAGCUACGGACGGUCCCCGCUGGUUGGCUACGACCCCCACCCGCACAUGCGCGUCCCGGGACUGGCAGCUGGCAUGCAAGUGGGGACGUCGGGGAAACCCGCCUACUCCUUCCACGUCAGCGCCGACGGGCAGAUGCAGCCCGUGCCCUUCCCGCCCGACGCCCUCGUCGGCUCCGGCAUCCCCCGGCACGCGCGGCAGCUCCACACCCUGACCCACGGCGAGGUGGUCUGCGCUGUCACCAUCAGCAACUCCACGCGGCACGUCUACACGGGGGGCAAGGGCUGUGUGAAGGUGUGGGACGUGGGGCAGCCGGGCACCAAGACGGCCGUGGCGCAGCUGGACUGCUUGAACCGGGACAACUACAUCCGCUCCUGCAAGCUGCUCCCCGACGGCCGCAGCCUCAUCGUGGGGGGGGAGGCCAGCACCCUGUCCAUCUGGGACCUGGCUGCCCCCACGCCCCGCAUCAAGGCCGAGCUCACCUCCUCCGCGCCCGCCUGCUACGCCCUGGCCAUCAGCCCCGACGCCAAGGUCUGCUUCUCCUGCUGCAGCGACGGCAACAUCGUGGUGUGGGACCUGCAGAACCAGACUCUGGUCAGGCAGUUUCAAGGCCACACGGACGGUGCAAGCUGCAUCGACAUCUCCAAUGACGGUACCAAGCUGUGGACAGGGGGGCUGGACAACACGGUGCGGUGCUGGGACCUGCGGGAAGGGCGUCAGCUGCAGCAGCACGACUUCAGCUCGCAGAUCUUCUCCCUGGGGUACUGCCCCACGGGCGAGUGGCUGGCUGUCGGCAUGGAGAGCAGCAACGUGGAGAUCCUGCACGUGACCAAACCGGACAAGUACCAGCUGCACCUCCACGACAGCUGCGUCCUCUCCCUCAAGUUUGCCUCGUGCGGGAAGUGGUUUGUGAGCACGGGGAAGGACAAUCUGCUCAACGCCUGGCGGACGCCCUAUGGGGCCAGCAUCUUCCAGUCCAAGGAGUCCUCCUCCGUCCUCAGCUGCGACGUUUCCACCGAUGACCAGUUCAUUGUCACGGGCUCAGGGGACAAGAAGGCGACAGUUUACGAGGUCAUUUACUGAGAGCAGGAGCUGGCACCUGCAGGCGCCGAGCCGGGAGCAGCGAUUCCGCGUGGGCAGACGGACGUCAGCGUGGGCGGACGGCUGGACGUGACCUGCCGCUUCCAGCGACCUCGCGGCUGCGGCCGGGGGCCUCCACGCCGGGGGGGCCGCGCCGGGCAGCGGUCCCCCACCACCACGGCCAGGCACCGGGCUGGGCGGGGAGGCGGUGGCAGCUGGUGGCAGUGAAUUUCCUGGGGACUUUCUUCUUUUCGUUUUGUUCUUUCUUUGUUGGUUUGUUUCUGAAGCGGGAGUGGGGAGUGGGGCGGGAAGGGUUGUUUUUUUUUUUUUUUUAAUGUAAUGUUUUGUUUUGUUUUUUUGUUAAGGCUCUGGGCCAGGCUGGAGAGGAUGUGCUCUGUCCUUAUCUCCCUCUGUGCCUCCUAGGGUGUAUUUAAUAAUAAAAACAAACAAAAAAGCACAA